GUUAACCAAUCUGGACGGUUGAUUUAGUUUUGAAAGCCGUUUUGUUUAUUUUCGUAACUUUGCGAACAAUCCUGUCUGAACAAUGCUAGAGUGUGGUCCGCUUGUAGUGUGCAUUUGCUGUGUUUUUACGGAUUUCGGGAAUCUACACCGACUUUUUUGAGCGGCGGGAGCAAUGCGCGGAAAUCGCAAAUUGGAGGAAACGUAAGCUGAGUUUUCUUCUAGAUCAAGUGAGGGAGUGAUAAGUGUGGAAGAUCAAAGGUGAAGCAUAUGAACAUGCUCAAUAAAAGUGUAUCAGGCGAAGCAUCAGGUAUUUACGUGGCUGGUAAAUUCAAGAGUGUAUUUUACAUCUAGAAAACGAGGUGGUUCGAUAAAAAAAAAAAGAAUUCGCUCGAGGGAGGCCUCAAGAGUUGAAACGUGAAGUGAUUUUACCAACGGAUUCCAUCCACUGCAGAGGCUGCGUGAGAGGUCAUAUCGCGGAACGAGAUAAAGCACUGAAAGUGAACCGCGUGCAAGUGCAGCGUAUUUUUUUCGUUAUAGAAUAACUGCAAACACGGCGUGGAUGACGAAAAAGUAUAAAAGACACGAUUCGGAUGAAAUUAAAAGUUGAUUUGAUACGGUGGUAUUGCAUGACGUUUAGAGUCCCCUGUAUCACCAACAGUAACUCCAGUGUCCAUUACUCCUGCGGCGUAAAACCAACGACGGCCGAAGCUCUUAAGUGGAUUUAGCUAAAAGGGUUUGCGAAAGAGCUUUUCCGCCCUCCUCAUAUGUUUAGUGCAGUUUCCAAUGAGCCGAAUGCGGUUAAGAGUGAAUUAAUUAUAGUGUCUGUUGUGAACGAAGUGUGUUUAGCGAAAGCCGAAUUGAAGAGCGAAAAGGAGUUUUAAGUCUGCAUUCAUGGAACCCCACGCAGUGAUGCUUUUAUGAGGUUAUUGCAAAAAAUGAUAUAUAAUUUUCUUAAAAAGCUGAUCAAAUUGCAUUCGUAAGAGUGUCGUGAAUCGUUUCGACCUUGCAAGUGUGUUCGAUAGAGUUUGGAGAUUCAUUGAAUGGAAUGUGCAAGAUUCUACUCAGAAAUAGCUCCACUCCACUCAAAACACCUGCUAUAGACACUGCAAGGAUGGUGUGAGUAAAAAAAAAAUUAAAAUUGUCAAACACCAGAUAAAGAAACUAGCUCACAGUACAUUUGAGGUCCGGUCGGGCAGCCGGAUUGGUCGAUGAAAAUAAAAUGAAACAAAAGCCAACGGAUUCCAAACGACAUUUUUCCUCGAAAAUUGUAUAAAACUGCUUCCCCUGUCUGCGGCCGGUAACCCUGUCGUCCAUCACAGGAAGAGUGCACGGCUCUCGAAACCAGUUCCAGCCCGAUGCGAAGUUGACAUGGUGACAUGUUGCUGCCAGACCAAACGUACGAACAGGCCAACCACCAUCAGGACUACUUACGACCAUAUGAUGAAUUUAACCGAAUCAUCGAUCUGAAAGAAAUCGAUGUCAAACGGCUGCAGCGCAACAUUUUCGACAGUGACAACGGCGACGAGUUUAUGGUGCUGACGAAUAAUGAGAUGAAAUUUUGUCAAACUAGUCGACAGAGCGGUUGCAGUUCGGUGCCAAGCGGCACUGGAGUGAGCGCCGGUGGGCCUGAGUCCAAUGGGUGCUGCGGUGCUGGGGGGAAAAGUCCUGGACAGGAUGACACUGACAGUGCUAUUUGGAGCACCAGAGAACAAUGGAAAAGUAAGAAUAACAAUGGUAAAAUUGUAUCGAACGCCUCUGUUCGCGAGGGAGUAAGCGGUAUGAUGAGCGGCGGUAGUCCUGGGGAAUGGAGGAGCAGGAGAGGACGACGACAUCAGCGAUCGCGUCGAGCGACGAAUGACAGCAACUGCAGUAGUCUCACUAGUGAUAUCCAAACGGAUCUUGGCAGUGAAGAAGAAGCAGAAGGACGUCGAGAAAAUCCAUCGCGGGGCCAGAGGACGAAUGUGGACGAACAGGAAACCGAUUACGACAAGACGUCGGAUUUUUUCAACAACAUUCCAGAGUUUCAAGGUGAAUCUCUGGGUCCGUUCAGCUUGAACAAUAAGAACGAUUUGAACAUCCGAACCAACAUCGAUAUCCUGCGUGCUUGCGAACUGUUUCUGAUGCGCAACCGUAUCCGGCCGGAUUUUUUCUGCAAGUACAAAAAAGUCAUCAAUGCCUCCGUAUCGGCACCUUCGUCGUUUCCACUUUCGCGAACGAGAACCCCCGUUGACAGUACCUCUCGCAAGCCAAAAAGUCUUUCGCCACCGAUGCACCGACCACCUUCGUCACGAUCGAAUCUCGGACAAACCCUGACCAAACCUGUCAUCGCGGCUACGGUCGCCCCCACCGUUUCCGCGGUGAAUGCGAUCUACAGCGUACCGAAUCGUGCCGCUAAGCGGAGACGAUUUAUUGUGAAUUCAACUAUGGAUGCAUCCUCGUCGAAUGAAGCCGUUCACUUACAGCAGAAACUAAAAAGUCUUAGCACAGAGCUGGUAACGCUGCGAAGUCGGCUUCACACCGGUGGUCAGACGACGCCAGCGACAGCAACGGGAGGUCCGAAUAGUACCGUGCCCGUUACCAGUCCCGUAGUCACUUCAACCACAACGCCAAAUACAAACCCCCAAACGCUUGGUGGUCACGGAACGGCGGCCACCGCUAAUCUUACCAGUGCCGGUACAGGAGCCGGAGGCCUUACAGCGACGACAGUCAGCGCGAACGGAAUCAACAUUCUGUCACACCUGAACGCUGCCAACAGUGUCAGCUGCAAUAACAACAUCACCAACAGCAAGAGUCACAUGAUAGUGGCGGCAGCACAGUGCAUACCUCCAGCAAGCAACACGUUGAGCCACCCAGUCAAUGCAUUACCAAUAGUUUCGCCGAGAAAUACCUCGAUACCAUACCCCCUGCCGCACCACAACAGCACCGGAACGAUACUGGUUUCAGAUACAGCCCAGUGCGGAGGCGGUGGUGGCGGCAUAACGGGCGGAGGAACACUUCCACGCCGGACAACAGUGGGCUUCAAUGCCAAAGGCCAGAAUCUUCAUGGGACGACAGGAGCGGCUGGUAUUGCCGGACAUCACCUGAACUCCACAAACAGCGGAGGGCUUGUUGGUGGUUCGGGAGCUGGUGGCGUCCUGACAGGCGGAAGCAUUAACCAUCAUCAUUCAGUGCCAGGUUGUCGAACUGGUAGCGGUGGAGUUUGUUCAACCGGGAUUAAGAAUCCGGCCGACAAUAAAACCAUAAAACUGGAAGACCUGAUACAUUUGCCGGGUCCGCUAACCGAGGACGCAGUUAUGCGGACGCUGCAAACCCGAUUCACCGACGGGAAAUUCUUCACUAACGUUGGCCCCAUCCUGCUCUCUGUAAACCCGUACCAUGACGUGGGAAACCCACUAACGCUGUCAUCAACCCGCUCCGUUCCGCUAGCACCACAGCUUCGCAAAAUAGUGCAAGAAGCCGUCCGGCAGCAAGCUGAGACUGGAUACCCCCAGGCGAUAAUUCUCUCAGGUACAUCUGGAUCGGGCAAAACCCACUGCUCUAUGCUGCUGUUGCGGCAACUGUUUGCCGUGGCAGGCGGAGGUCCUGAAACCGAUGCAUUCAAACACCUAGCGGCAGCCUUCACCGUGUUACGGUCGCUUGGUUCAGCCAAAACGUCCACCAACUCUGAGUCCAGCCGAAUAGGUCAAUUCAUCGAAGUGCAAGUAACAGACGGAGCUCUCUAUCGAACGAAAAUACAUUGCUAUUUUCUAGACCAGACGCGUGUCAUACGGCCAUUGCCGAACGAGAAAAACUAUCACAUCUUCUACCAGAUGCUGGCCGGUCUCAAUGCAGAAGAAUGCACUCGCCUAAAUCUGGAAGGAUAUUCUCCGGCUAACUUGAGGUAUCUGCAGAACGGUGACAUCCGACAGGACGAGCAGGAGGACGCAGCGCGAUUUCAAGCAUGGAAAGCGUGUUUGGGCAUUUUGGGUAUUCCUUUUCUGGAUGUGGUACGAGUGCUGGCUGCAGUUUUGUUGCUUGGCAAUGUGCAGUUUGUUGAUGGACAAGGGUUGGAAGUUGAAGUGAAUGGUGAAACGGAACUGAACGCGGUAGCAAACCUGUUAGGUGUUCCACCAGCUCAGUUGUUCCGAGGGCUAACCAUUCGUACGCACAAUGCUCGUGGCCAAUUGAUAAAAUCAGUUUGCGAUGCCAAUAUGUCAAAUAUGACGCGAGAUUCACUAGCAAAGGCGCUCUACUGUAGAACGGUGGCAACGAUCGUAAGGAGGGCGAACAGUCUUAAACGGCUGGGUUCGACAUUGGGAACGCUAAGCUCUGACAGCAACGAAUCAGUGCACAAUCAGGCAGAGGUCGCAAGCCAACAUGCGUCCACUAUUGGUGGUGGCAACGCUGGUUCGAAGUCGAUGGCAGCCCUCAACAACGCCGUACGACAUGCUACGGAUGGAUUUAUAGGCAUACUGGACAUGUUCGGUUUCGAGGAACCGCGGCCAGCUCAGCUGGAGCACCUGUGCAUUAAUUUGUGCGCGGAAACAAUGCAGCAUUUUUACAACACGCACAUUUUCAAAAGUUCGGUCGAAUCCUGCCGAGAGGAAGGCAUCAUAUGCGAUGCCGAAGUGGAUUACGUGGAUAAUGUGCCGUGUAUAGAUCUGAUUUCAUCGCUUCGGACGGGUCUUUUGAGUAUGCUGGACGCGGAAUGUUCCGUUCGAGGUACCGCCGAAAGUUAUGUUGCAAAAAUUAAAGUCCAACACAGGAAUUCGGCGCGUCUGGAACAGAGAGCCUCCGAACCGUAUGAUCCGAGAAUGUUUGCCAUCAGACAUUUUGCUGGACGGGUUGAAUACGAUACCACGGAUUUCUUGGAUACGAACAGAGAUGUUGUUCCGGAUGACCUAGUGUCAGUUUUCUAUAAACACACGUGCAAUUUCGGAUUUGCGACGCAUCUAUUCGGCACGGAACUGAAAGCCUUGUACGCACAGGAAAAUGUCCCGCGUGGUUUGAGUUUCAGAAUUGCACCAACGUCACAUACGGAUCUGCUGAAUGGUGAUGAACCGGUUUCCACUCUGACGCAAGAUUUUCACACCAGGUUGGAUAAUUUAUUACGAACACUCGUUCAUGCCAGACCACAUUUCGUUCGCUGCAUCCGUAGUAACACCAUAGAAAAGACUGGCGUUUUUGACCGAGGUACUGUGGUACGGCAGAUUCGUGCUUUGCAGGUACUGGAAACGGUAAACUUGAUGGCAAGUGGUUUUCCACAUCGGAUGCGCUUCAAGCAGUUUACUGCCCGCUACCGAAUGCUUGCUCCGUUCCGGUUGCUGAGGCGCUGCGAAGAAAAAGCCCUAGAAGACUGCAAACUGAUUUUAGAUUUCGCACUGGAAAACCCACCGGAACUGGACGGGUCGGUGACACUAUCUUGGGCACCAGGCAAGCGACAUAUAUUCCUCAGUGAAGGUAUUCGACAACAUUUGGAGCAUUUGCGCACCGAGGUACGAAUGAAGAGCGCCACAUUGAUUCAAGCUACCUGGCGUGGGUGGAAUCUGCGGAAACGACUGGGAACUAUCCGUAGGUCGCACGAUAUCAAACUUGUGGGUAGCAAUCUACUGGCAAUGAACAAAAGCAACGCAACAAGACAACCAACAUCGGGACCCAAUGCAAACAAUACCGGAACCGCGACCAGACCAAGGCCACAACCGAUUGCCGGCACGCCUCCACCCGAUCCCAAUGAAAAAUGCGAUUCGAAAAUAAUCGCACAAACAUGCACGCUUUUCGGACUGGAUUUGGCUUCUGUAUCUAUUACGCAGGAACGCCCACCUCCAGUGCCCCCGUCACGCUCGUACACCGUCACCGGAAAUUCAAAACUCGGUUACCCGCAAACUCGCAUAAUGAAGAUGAACUUUCCGGAGGACUCAGCUGCUUCGAAUGUGGGUGAACAGCUCCGCAAAGGGGAAGCAGUUACGGUUACCGGAGCCUCCCAUCGUCGAGGCCACCUAAUUGUUGAGCACAACGGAAUCAGUUUGCAUGUGCCUUUCCAGUACAUGGAGCUGGUUAAAACUACCACUUCGCCAGCCCCACCGACAGCGUCCGCUGUCAACAUUUAACGACCACUGUUAAAUGGUUCGCCAUCAUGUUUCUUUAUUAUUUUAUUACGCGACUCUACCACAGUGGAAAUAUUUCCAAUGGCAUUACGACAAAUAACAUCACUAUAUUGGAUAUGAAGUAUAACGCAAAAACCCAGUACAACUAUAUGAUAGGUUCCCACACAAUAAUAUAUCGACUGAUUAAACUAUUAUGUACAUCAUCAUAAUUGAUCAUGAACACAACCGCAUCAAUUAAAACAAGAUAGAAGGAUUUUCGAUAUAAUCUCUACGUAACCUCAUCAUUUGCAUCAAAAACCACAGCCAACAUUCCAAAACCAUAGUCGAACGCCUUUCAGCUUGAAUAACCACUGUUAGUAUAGCGCAAACAUACCCAUAUGCUACUUGUUUUGUCCCAAGGUCUUCCAAUCGCAAAAUGCAACAUCAACCACAGGUUUAUUUAAUGAAAUCGUUAUCAAUUAAGUUUACAUCGAUAGCAUUUACUCUAUCAUAGUCUAUAAGGCGUAUCGUUUACACAAAACAUUAUACUUACCAUUUUAUCAUGUAUUUAAUGCAGAAGAUAAAAGUACUACUCAUCUUUAGGACUGAUAAGAACCCAUUAGGGGGUCAAUUACAGUUAGCUGUUAGGAAGAGACUCUUCACAAACUGAUUACAUGAAUAAGUGAGAUACACUUUAUAGAAGCGUUGAUUCUAUGAGGAUUCUAAAGUGCCAACCUUUGUACGUAGGAUAUUGACGGAUCGUAAAACUGGAAAUCAUUCGCAUCAUCAAUCUGUCAUCGCUUGAAAGCAGAUUCAUUCCAGAUCCAUUAAUCAUUCACGCAGAAGUACCAGCAGAGAUGAAACGGAUUUAAUUUUAAAGCACAAACUCCUAGAUAAUAAGUUACAGUGAAGUAUUAUUCUUUUCUUGAUCUGGAUUAACAGAGAAAGGAGGAAAAUUGCAAUUAUCCUUGCCAUGUACAUACAAAUAUUCAGUUAUUUUGCACGUGCAUCUCACACAGUGUCCGUUUUUAGAUCGACUCUAUUAUCCCGAUUCCGGAAAACAUGCUUACUGUUUAUUAUUUCUGCCAGCAGAUUAUUUCGAGCAAAUAAAAUUAAUUGGAAAGUUCUUCAGGUGAAUCAUGAAUAUGUACCAGUGAAAUUAAAAAAAAAACUAUUGUUGAGAUGAAAUAAAUCAUAUUUUCUAAUAUUACUCACA